AUGGCCUCAGAACUAGUUGCUUCUUCCACUGCAAGAAGAAUACCAAUUGCUUUUUCAAAAAAGAAUUCUUUUUCAAAGGAGGCCUUUUCUGGCACCUUGGCAGGAUGGGCUCAAGUUGUUGUUGGGUUCCCGUUUGAUACCAUCAAGGUUCGACUUCAAACCGACUCUCAAAAAUAUAAGACGGCGAUAAACUGUCUAAAAAUGACAAUUAGACAAGAGACUGCUCUGGGUUUAUACAAAGGCUCUUCUUCUCCGAUGUUGGGAAACGCAAUAUCCAAUGCCAUUUUAUUCAGUACAAACAAAAAAUUCCGUGGCAUGUUCAAUGAUGGUGACCCAACACACUCUUUGACAUUAAACGAGAUUGCAAAAGCCGGCGCAUUAACAGGCGUAGUUAUGUCACUUGUGAAUUGUCCGAUAGAGCUUCUCAAGGUCAAGCUCCAAACGCAAUAUGAUCAACCGGCCGCAAACAAAAAAUAUACGAGCGUAUUUCACGCAGCCAGUUCAAUUUAUAAUCAAAAUAACAUUAAAGGAUUGUAUCGUGGUAUCACAGCAACUGUAAUCAGAGAUGUACCUACCAAGAAAUUAAUAAGUGAUCGUAAUCACCGAGGAGACCUCAACAAACUUACAUAUUUAGAACUACUGAUGGCGGGAGGCACAGCUGGUGCCAUAAAUUCAAAUAAAUCAAUACUUGGAGUAUUCACCAAAGGUCUCGCACCCACUAUGGCCAGAGCAUUCCCUGCUAAUGCUGCAACAUUUUUUGCCUAUGAAAAAUCAAAAGAACUUUUUCGUGAAAAAUAG